AUGGAGAAUAUUCUAAUAUUUGUUCAUUAUAAUGGAGAAUGGAAUCAAAACAUGGAAUAUAUUAACUUUGAAGCAAUGGGAAUGCUGGUACAACAAGAAAGUAGCUAUAGGAAUUUUGUGGAAAUAUUGUCACAACAACUCAAUAUAAACCAUAUGUCAAUCUUACUGGAGAUCAAAUAUCAAGUGAAAAUCAAUUAUCCCCCGAUGAAAAUAACAAACAAUGGAAGCUUGAAAUUCUACUUGGAGCUUAAAAAGAAUGCAACAGAUUGCAUGAUAUAUCCAUUAUGCGUUUCAGUAGCAUCGUCCGGAAGGGAAAUAGCGUUCUUCAACACAACAUUCAAAGUAUCAAAUGCAGACAUCCAGUCAGCACAACAAUCUGCAAGCGCAACAAAAUCUACACAUGAGAUUGGAUCAACAAGUGAAAAACAGAAGGAAGCAAUAUCUGAUGUGAUACUUUAUGCUAAGUCCUUGACAAAUGACUUGAUAGAUAACGAAGAUGAAGUAGAAAGUAACUUUAAAGAUGAACAUGUCAUAUCAGACACGAGACAUAGCGAUAUCAAAGAAGGACAGUCCUACAAAAACAAAGAGGUUCUGAAGUCAGUUUUAAGCUUCUAUGCAAUCAAAAACCAUUUUCAAUUCAAAGUACGAAGAUCAUGUGAAAGACAGUAUUUCUUGAGCUGUUUGGAUACAGAUUGCACAUGGAAACUUAAUGCUUCAAAACAAGGAAAAACAGAGAUUUUUAUAAUUCGGAAACUCAAUAUCAACCACAGUUGUGCAAUGGUUGUCAGAACAGGGGAUCAAAGGCAAGCAACAUCAAUUGUAAUUGGAGAGUUCAUUAAAUCAAAGUACAUCAACCUCAAGACUGUUUACAAACCAGCAGAUAUUCAGAGAGACAUGAAGGAUGAUUACGGAAUAAAGAUGACAUACUCCAAAGCUUAUAGAUCAAAGGCAGUAGCUCAGGAAAUGGUGAGAGGAAGGGCUGACGAAUCUUUUUCAUUAAUACCAAGCUACUUGUACAUGCUAGAGGCUAGCAAUCCAGGCUCUUACACCAGAUUAGAAGUACAAGAUGACAAUAGCAUGCUUUAUGUUUUUAUGGCAUUAAAUGCGUCUAUAAAAGGAUGGGAAUACUGCAUUCCGGUAAUUGCAGUAGAUGGAACAUUCCUUACUUCAGCCUAUGGAGGAACGCUUUUAACAGCAUGUACACAAGAUAGAAAUGGAAAGAUAUUUCCGCUAGCAUUUUGCGUGGUUGAUUCUGAAAACGAUGGAUCAUGGGAGUGGUUUAUGAAGAGAAUUAGAGAUGCAUUUAAAGUGAGAAAAGACAUGUGUAUAAUAUCUGAUCGACACGAGAGCAUCAAGAAUGCAGCCUCUUCUGUUUUUCCAGAAUCAGCUCAUGCAUUGUGUACAUUCCAUUUGUUCAACAAUGUUAAAAAGAACUUCAAAAAGACGACAAAAGAACUUCGGGAAGCAUUUUAUGGAGCAGCAAAAGCUUACACAACUGAUGUAUUUGACACCUACAUGAAACAAAUUAGCAGUAUGUGUAGAGGUUUAAAGCCAUAUCUAGAAUCUGUUGGUUACAAGAAAUGGGCAAGAUCACAUUGCGAGAGUAACCGACACAAAGUCAUGACAACAAACAUAGCAGAAUCAAUGAAUUACAGAAUAAAAGCAGGUAAGGAUCUCCCCGUCACUACAUUACUUGAGUACCUACGCAAAAUGGUACAAGAAUGGAGUUACACAAACAGGCAUUUGGCUAGAUCAACUUUCACAGCCCUAUCAAAAAGAGCAGAAGAUAUCUUGAAUGACAAUUACAUUCAAUCAAUGAAACUAGUGGUUUCAAAUUCAAAUGACAGUGUAAAGACAGUCUAUGCACAUACAACAAAGUUCAUUGUAGAUCUAAAAGAAAGAACAUGCACAUGUAGGAGAUUUCAGAUUGAUGAAAUUCCUUGUCCACACGCAAUGGCUAUACUCAAAGACAUGAAUCAAGAUCCUUACAAAUUUUGUUCACAUUACUUCACCAAAGAAACAAUACUGAAAAUUUAUGACGAAACAGUUUAUCCGGUGGAAGAUGAGAGUAACUGGAAUGUGCCGGAAGAAGUAGCACAAAAGAUUGUCACACCACCGCAAGGAAGAACAAAGUCGGGACGGCCUAAGAAGAAAAGAAUGAGAUCUGGUUCGGAAAAAAUAAAUCAUAACAGGUGCGGUAGAUGUCGAAAAUAUGGACAUAAUGUGAAGACGUGUAAGAAUAUGCCUCAGAAAAAAUAA